UGGUUACAGAGAGUCCGACAUGUAAUGCUUUACGUGGCAAAUAUAUUACGCUGACUGUACCAAACCCCUAAAACCCUAAUAUACGUUGUUGACUCCUUCAUUCAACUCUUCCAAAAUUAGGGUUUAGUUCUAGCGUAGUUUCUCUUUACAGAUUCUUUCACUAAAUCACCCAAAACCACCGAUUUUUCAAUAAAUAACAUGUCUUUGACUGUAACAGAACCCAGAAUCCAACAAAAAAUCAAUCUUUUGAUUGGCGACUAUAAUCUCAUGCUAGCCCAGUCUAUACAAGACCUUGUAGCUGAAACUCAAAAAGGAACCCCAAAUUUUAGCCAUUACACGAAUGUAUUCUACGAAUUAAUGCAAUCAAAGGUUGACCCACCUCUGGAAUCCAUCUGGGUCUACUCUGCUUUGACCGUUCGUAGUCGUAAUUUCACAAACGACGAACCUUUAAAUCGAUUAUCUGUCACAAAAGACCUUUUUGAAUUGAUAUCAGCUUGCUCAGUUUCUUGUAGUUCUCUGAAAAGUAUCGCAUUGCUAGCUCCGGUUGUUUUUGAGCUGUACAAAGUGAUUGUUGAUUCGAAAGGAAGAAACUUGAUUUCAAAGAGAAAUCAGAAACUGAUUAGAGAGAUCAGGUCGUUGGUUGAUGUGAUUCUUGGGUUUCUAAGUGUGUGUUGUAUCAAGAAUUUGGAAGAGCAAUGUGAUAAUUUAAUUGUGCCAUUUAAGGAUCUGGUAAGUUUGUGGUUGGACAAGAAUGGUAGUUUAGAGUCAUUUUUACCGCUUGUGAGUGCUGAGAUAUGUAGAGAGGUUGGUGAAGGAGUGUGUGACGUGAAUCGCCUGGCUGGGGUGGUUAUUUUUGAGAUGUUUUUGAUCAAAUUGUGCUUGAGUUUUGGGGUCGGGAUUGCGGGAGCACAGUUGGAGAAAGAGUUGAAGAGUUGGGUUGUGAGUUCCAUAACUGGGUUUCGAAAUGCAUACGUCUUUGAGACCCUUGUGAGGAUGCUGUUGGAGCCAACUUUGCCUGUGACUUCUCUAUUGACUUCUGAAGAUGAAGUAUUGCUAAGGAAAGCUCUGUAUGAUGCUGUUAUAUUAGUGGAGUAUUGUUUCCUUAAUCCUGAGAGAGCAGUCCAUCUACCAGCUGUACAAAUGAAAAGUCUUGCCAUGGCAAGAUUGAUAAUUACACAUGAAGCCUUAGAGUUUUUAAGGGAAAAUGGAGAUCAGAAAAGAGCUAUAUCUUAUGCAAGUGCCUUCUCUAGUUCCAAAUUACCUUCUCAAAUUAUCAAAUGGAUCACAACUCAGAUUUGCAUGGAUGAGAAAGCUACUAGAUCAUUUGGAUCUUCGCCUAAAACUCUAUUAAAGUGGCUACUAAGUCUUGAGAAUCAAGGGAUAAGAGUGUUUGAUGAUAGAAUCUUGAAGUCUCGUGCCAAACUAGCUGUUGAUAAUUCCAAACCAGACUAUAAGCCUCAGCCAUCAAAGUUGGAAGGUAAAGAUGCAGACUCUGAUCUUCUCUUUUACAUUGAUAAUAAGGGUGAAGUGAAAGAUGACGAUGAGGAAGAGGAAGAGAACAAGAUGAACGACUCCAUGAGUGCAGCUUUUGUAGCUGCUGCUCACUCAAUGAAGAUGAACAAAAAUGGAGGGACAAAACGGAAAGAAAAGGGAAUUACUGGCAAGACCAAAAAGAUUAAAUAUCUCAAAGUUGACCUCGCUGACAACUUUGAUUCAACUAAAGAGAGGACCUCAUCUGUCAGUAAGGAAGGUUUGAGUAAUGGUAGUGAAGUGGAUGUACGCGAACUUUCCACGAGUUCUGAUGAAGAUGUGGAGAAAGAUGAGCAAUAGAUUAAUAGUAGUAAAUUAUGAUGAUUGCAUUAUCCUUCACAACCUGUGAUUUUUAUGGCUUUCUCGUGCUGCUAUCUGAUGGAUUCUCCGAGUAAUGUUUGACCAAUAUGUAAAAAUUGUCUUAUGAGAGAGAAACCACACCCAAAAGGCUUCUAGAGAUAUCAAUAGGAAGCUGAUAAACUGCUUCAGUGCAACUUCGCAUAGACCAUACUGUGAUCUUUGUGUAAUUUAGAGAAAAGCACUGUAAUGAAUCUUUUCAGUGAUCCAUUCAGGUAAUUCGUUGUAUGAUAGUUUAUCCGUAUGAAGGAAAUUUUGGUUUAGAAGCAGUUUCUGUUGUUU